AGUAGAGGAGCCAGCGCUCACAUCUGCACUUCAGACUGAGGCGUGGUGCGUCAGUGCAGACAACUGGACUCACUCUUCAUCCACUUUGACUCUUUCACCUGCUGACCCACUCCAGCUCCAACCACUGCCAACAUGCCAAAGUGUCCCAAAUGCAAUAAGGAAGUCUAUUUUGCCGAGAAGGUAUCAUCACUGGGCAAAGACUGGCAUCGACCCUGCCUGAAAUGUGAGAAGUGCAGCAAGACUCUGUCGGCGGGGAGCCAUGCUGAGCACGAAGGAAAGCCUUACUGCCACAAACCCUGCUACAGCGCUAUGUUUGGACCUGGUGGAUUCGGUCGAGGUGGAACCGAGAGCUACAAAUACUAGAUAGAUCAGGUUUAGGACUUGAACAAAAUGACGUUGCUUGGAAACUGGAUCGAAGACGACAGCUUUGCAAAUGAUAUAAUAAAAAACUAAUAAUAAUGACAAUAAAAUCCAAAAAGCAAACAAUGUUCUCCAUUUCAGUUUCACCUCAUAUGAUCUGUCUAAUUCAUUCUCCAUGUCAUGUAAUAGAGUAGUAGUCUUUUGGUAGCUGUGGUUGUUCUUAAUGCGGACAAUCUGAUUAAACAUUUAUUAAAACAUG